AUGAAUCAGUUAUGGGGGUUUACAACUUCUUCAGGUGAUGAAGAAGAGCCAAAUGAUGAAAAUAUAAGUAGCGAAAUUUUAAAUCGUGAAAAUAUAGAUGAUGAAAAUAACCGCACUACGACCAAAUGUACAGGAAAAAGCAAAAGGGGUAAUAAUGAAAGUAGAAAUUAUAAUAAUGAUAAUGUGCAGGUAAAUGUAACAGAUGAUGAAGUAAUAGGAGUAAACGCACUUGGGGACAAGCACAAUAAGGACACAUUUGACGAUAAUAACGUUAUUUCAAAAAAAAACAAAAAUUCCAGACGUGCUGGUAAUAUAGAUGAGGAUAGCCACGAAGAAAAAACUAUCCUCGAGAAGACUAUGAAAAAAAAAAAAAGAGAAAAUAAAAAAGGUGGGGAUAAACCCAUAGAACAUAUACAUAAUGUAACAACAACGGAUAAUAAUUUUUUAAGUAGCGAAAAAAAUAAACAUAUUUUGACGUUAAGCCGUGUAGAAAAAAAGAAGGAUAACAAGAAAGAUACCCACUGUUAUGAUAUCACCACAGAUUUUACAAAAAGAAAAGAGGGAAACAUAAACCUCAAUAAAAACAGCAUCAUUGGAAGCAGCGUUAGCAAUAGAAGAGGCAUUAUAACGUAUACUAAAUUUGAAAAAGGCAAUGGCAGAGAAGACACUACUGACGAAGAAUUGUUAAAGAAACAAAAAAUGUAUAAAGAAAAAAUGAAUCUGAAAAAAGAUUUUAUGGAUGCAGUGCAUGAAAUAAGGAAAUUGACGUUACCUCACUUGAACAAAUUUCAAAGAAAAAAUGUUGAAAAUUAUCAAAUAAAAACAUUAGGAGGGAAAUUUGACAAAAGUAGAAAAAUUCAUUAUCCUGAACUUAUGUGCCGAAAAAAAUCCAUGAAAAAAUAUAUUAAAAAGAGGAAGGAAAGAGAGAAAAUUUUAGGCGUGAAAUUUCAGAGUGGCGAUUACAUUGACAUGCAAGAUGUCUUUAGAAAAAAAAAAAAAAACAGAAAUAUCAAACUGCAGAAAUUAUUUUGA